AUGGAGAACUUCUCACUCCUCAGCAUCUCUAGGCCUCGGAUCUCUUCCUCUGCCCUGACUGCCUUUCCUGACAUUACAUCCUCACUUGCCACCAGCUUGCCAGACUUGGGGGACACCCAGAACGGGGAGCAGCUGAGGCGGAACUGUACCAUCUACCGACCCUGGUUUUCCCCUUACAGCUACUUUGUAUGCACAGACAAUGAGAGCCACCUGGAGGCCUAUGGGUUCCCAGAGGUGGACCGGGAAGAGGGAAGAGGGGACACCUGCCUUACUGAGGAUUUGGCUGAGAGUGUCUGCUCGUCUUCCUCCUCCCAAGAGAAUACAUACACCAGGGAGUCCAACAAGAAAUCCAAGCAUGGCCUGGAUUCUAUCACAUCCCAGGAUAUCCUAAUGGCUUCCAAGUGGCACCCAGCCCAGCAGAAUGGCUUCAAGUGUGCAGCCUGUUGCCGCAUGUACCCCACUCUGCACUCCCUCAAGAGUCACAUCAAGGGGGGCUUCAAGGAAGGUUUCAGCUGCAAGGUAUACUACCGUAAGCUCAAAACCCUCUGGGGAAAGGAGCAGAAGGCCCGGCCAGGAGAUAGAAUCUCCCUGGGCAGCUGCCAGGCCUUCAAAUAG